AAAUCAGGGAUUAGGAAUGGCGGGGGGGGCCUUUAGGUAAGAACGACAGUGUCGUCUUGUGUGCAUUGUGUCGUGUCCGGAUUGUUUUACUUUUUAUGCAUCAUUCUGUAACAAUUAACGAUUCAAAUUAUAGUAAAUUCGUCGUAUAGUUCUUGUAAAGUGUUAAAUAAACAUUAUGAGGAUUUGGAGAUCAGAACACACAUUUAAUCACACAUGGGAGACCGUGACACAGGCAGCUUGGAGAAAAUAUCCUAAUCCAAUAAAUUCAUCGAUUAUUGGAACUGAUGUUAUUGAUAGGAAAGUUAUGGAUGGAAUCCUACACACACAUAGACUUGUUUCCUCUCGUUUUGGGUUUCCAAGGUGGGCUCAAGCAUUAAUCGGUCAUGCCAAAAUCUGUUAUGCCAGUGAGAAAAGCGAGGUUGAUCCAGUCAAUCGGGAGAUGAUUCUCAAAACGAGAAAUUUAACCUUUUGCAAUCACAUCGCAGUGGAUGAGACUGUCAGAUAUACACCUCAUCCAAAUGAUCCAGAAAAAACUUUACUCCAACAGGAAGCUGUGGUUACUGUUAGCGGUGUACCACUUACACAUUACAUGGAAGAAUUAUUAACAUCUAAAAUUUGUUUUAAUUCUGGCAUGGGUCGUCAAGCAAUGGAAUGGGUCAUCGAGAAAUUACAUUUAGAAGAAUUCGAUGAUCUUCUGAGUCAAACGGUUCGUCAAUUUGACGAUUUAACGACGAAAACCAGACGUGGAAUGGACGACCUACAAAGUGCCAUUAAAUCAUUUGACGAGAUUCACAAUCUUACGAGUAAUCCAUCGUCCCAAUCUAUGCCGAAAUUUUAGCUAUGGUUUCGCAUUAGCUUCAAUCUCUUUAAUUGAUUUCAAUUAAGUAAGGUACUAGAGAAUUAGGGGAUGGGGGAUGAUAAAAGGUUCACAAGCAGGAGAAUAAAAAAAGAAAGAAGAAGAAGAAGAAGAU